AUGAAUUCCCUUCUAUCACAACACUCAUCGACCCUGUCUUUCUAUCUCAACGGAACUUCUAUAUCCCUGUCUAAUCCGAACCCGCACUGGACCCUCCUCGAUUUCAUCCGCUCGCAACAUGGUCUGAAAGGUACGAAGCUGGGCUGUGGCGAGGGCGGAUGCGUGGUCGGAAAACAUGUCAUCACCAUCGAAGGACUCGGAAACAUCGACAAUCCGCAUCCGUUGCAAGAGAGAUUGGGCAAGAUGCAUGGUUCACAAUGUGGAUUCUGCACCCCCGGCAUCGUCAUGUCCCUGUACGCCGUGAUCCGCAACGCCUACGACCCUACCACCGAGCAAUUCGUACUGUCAGAAGACGAAAUCGAAAUGAAAGGCCACCUCGACGGAAACCUGUGUCGAUGUACGGGAUACAAGCCGAUUCUGCAGGCCGCAAAGACGUUCGUGCAGGAGGAUCUAGGCGGGAAGGUGAAUCUCACAAUGAAGGGUGCAUCCUCCGACCCGGAGAAAGAGAUUAUGGCUGGGCUUGAAGCCGCAAGUCUACAAGGGGAUAAGAGGCCUGUGUCUUCCGGGUCAUGCGGGCGGGCAGGGGGAUGCUGUCGUGACUCGCCAGGUACUCCGUGUUCGUCGAGUUCGGGGACAAGUAAGACGGAGGAUGAAAGCACCGGUCGGAGCGAGGAGACAGAGUUGUCGAGCGUGGAUUCUGGGUCUGAAUCUCGGAAAUCGUCGAUCCAGCAGUUCGACUUCAUUCCAUAUACACCCAAGACGGAGUUGAUCUAUCCGCCUGGUCUCUCGAAGUUCACGCCGGAAAUACUGACCUACGGUUCCGAAGAAAAAGUAUGGGCGAGGCCGGUCACUAUCCAACAAACGCUGCAAAUACUCUCGCAGUACCCAUCUGCCCGGUUGGUCGGUGGGGCCAGUGAGGUGCAAGUGGACAUUCGAUUCAAGGGGACGCAGUUCCCGCUGUCGAUCUUCGUCGGAGAUAUCGAGGAGCUGGCACAGAUCUCAACCACGAAGAAGGACUCGGUGAUAACGGAGCUCGUGGUCGGCGGGAAUGCAAGUCUGAGUAAUAUUGAAGCUGCAUGCCAUCGACUCAUUCCAUCUCUCGGUCAACGUGGAUCUGUCCUGGAGGCCAUCGCCAAAGUGCUUCGAUAUUUCGCCGGACGGCAGAUCCGUAAUGCAGCAAGCCUGGCAGGGAAUAUAGCCACUGCGUCACCAAUCUCUGACAUGAAUCCUCUACUAUUGGCCACGAAUGCCACAGUGAUAGCACGCACGGUCGACGGGGAGAAAGCCCUGCCAAUGAAGAGCAUGUUCCUGGGCUACCGCAAGACAUCUCUCCCACCAAGUAGCAUCAUAACAGAAAUUCGGAUCCCGCUGCCUCCUCCCGGAACGAAGGAGGUGACUAAAUCCUACAAGCAAGCAAAGCGCAAGGACGACGACAUUGCGAUCGUCACGGCCGCGUUCCGGGUGCGUCUCGACAAGCAAUUCAAGGUCACAGAAGCGGCACUGGCAUACGGCGGAAUGGCACCGACCACCGUGCUCGCCAAACAAGCCACGCAAUGUCUGAUCGGCAAGAAAUGGGGAGACGAGAAAGCUCUCGAUAUCGCGCUCGACGCGCUCUCAGCCGACUUCAAUCUCCCAUACGGCGUCCCCGGCGGCAUGGCAACCUACCGACGAACCCUAACUCUCAGUCUAUUUUUCCGGUUCUGGAACGAAGUGAUUUCAGACUUCCAGUUGGGAACAACCGAAAACAUGGAUGAAAUCCAUCGGAAGAUCUCGUCCGGCUCACGGGACGACUUCAACCCCUACGAGCAACGCAUUGUCGGAAAGCAAUUGCCCCAUCUGUCAGGAUUGAAACACACAACCGGCGAAGCAGAAUAUAUCGACGACAUGCCGCCCCAAAACCGAGAGAUGUACGGUGCCAUGGUCCUGUCCCAACGGGCACAUGCCAAGCUCAUCUCUGUCGACUGGACCCCUGCUCUCGGACCUGGCCUGGCAGCAGGAUACAUCGAUAAACAUAGCAUCCCUGCGAACAAGAAUCGUUGGGGAUCAGUCGUCCGAGACGAGCCGUUCUUCGCUGAAGAUGAAGUUUUCUCGCACGGUCAGCCAAUCGGUAUGGUUUAUGCGGAGACGGCGUUGCAGGCACAGGCUGCUGCGCGGGCAGUCAAGGUGGUGUAUGAGGAUAUGCCUGCUAUCCUGACGAUCGAUGAGGCUAUCGAGGCGAAGAGCUUCUUCAAGCAUGGGAAGGAGUUGCGGAAGGGAACGCUGCCGGAGAAGAUGGAUGAUGAAUUUGCGAAAUGCGAUCGGGUGUUCACUGGCACAACGCGAGUGGGUGGACAGGAGCAUUUCUAUCUGGAGACGAAUGCCGCGAUGGUGAUUCCUCACACUGAGGAUGGGUUUAUGGAUGUGUGGUCGUCGACACAGAACACAAUGGAAACCCAAGAGUUUGUCUCGCACGUUACCGGGACACCCUCGCAUCGCAUCAACGCUCGCGUAAAGCGAAUGGGCGGCGCGUUCGGUGGCAAAGAAUCACGAAGUGUACAACUCGCUUGUCUGCUCGCCAUCGCAGCCAAGAAAACCCGUCGACCUAUGCGCGCUAUGCUAAAUCGCGACGAAGACAUGAUGACAUCAGGCCAGCGACAUCCUAUCCAGUGUCGCUGGAAGGUGGGUGUGAUGAACGAUGGACGACUGAUGGCUUUCUCUGCAGACUGCUACAAUAACGCCGGCUACUCACUCGACAUGAGCGGCGCAGUCAUGGACCGAUGCUGCACACAUCUCGACAACUGUUAUCACAUCCCUAACGUGCACAUCCGAGCCUGGGUGUGCAAGACCAACACGCAUAGCAAUACAGCAUUCCGCGGAUUCGGUGGUCCUCAGUCAAUGUUCAUCGUGGAGAGCUACAUGUCCACCGUCGCAGAAGGACUGUCCAUCGACAUCGACGAGUUGCGGAAGAUCAAUCUCUACAAGCCCGGACAGAAGACACCCUUCCUCCAAACCAUCGACAGUGACUGGCACAUCCCCAUCCUGCUCAAUCAACUCGCUCAAGAAUCCGACUACACAAACCGGAAAGCCUCGAUCGCAAAGUUCAACGCCUCGCACAAAUACCGCAAACGCGGUAUCAGCUUGAUCCCCACAAAAUUCGGCAUCUCCUUCGCCACAGCCCUCCAUCUAAACCAAGCUACUGCCGCCGUGAGGAUCUAUACCGACGGCUCGGUCCUGCUGCACCACGGGGGCACAGAAAUGGGUCAGGGUCUGUUCACGAAAAUGGCGCAGGUAGCUGCACAAGCCCUGAACGUUCCUUUCGACAGCAUAUACACACCUGAUACGUCAUCCCAUCAAUCCGCGAACGCCUCACCCACUGCGGCUUCAUCAGGUAGCGACCUAAACGGUAUGGCUGUGCAGCACGCCUGCGACCAGCUAAACGAACGGCUUGCGCCGUAUCGGGAGAAAUUUGGCAAAGACGCGGAUAUGCACACGCUCGCGCACGCCGCAUAUAUCGAUCGCGUGAGCCUCUCUGCCACGGGGUUCUGGAAAAUGCCGACGAUCGGGUAUGAAUGGGGGAACUAUGAUCCGGAGACUGUCAAGCCGAUGUAUUUCUACUUUACUCAGGGAGCCGCAUGUACCGAAGUCGAACUCGACCUCCUAACAGGCGACCACACAGUCCUCUACACAUCGAUAAAAAUGGACGUCGGACGAUCCAUCAACCCAGCCAUUGACUAUGGUCAAGUCGAAGGAGCAUUCGUGCAAGGCCAAGGACUCUUCACCAUGGAAGAAUCCCUCUGGAUGAGUUCCACAGGUCAACUUGCGACCCGAGGACCCGGGAACUACAAGAUCCCUGGAUUCAGCGACAUCCCGCAGGAAUUCCAUGUGAGCUUCUUGAGGGACGUGGAGUGGAAAAAUCUACGGUCGAUUCAAUCGAGUAAGGGGGUUGGGGAGCCGCCGCUGUUCUUGGGCUCGACGGUGUUGUUUGCGUUGAGGGAUGCGUUGAAGGCGGCGAGGGGGGCCAACGGGGUUGUGGAGCCGUUGGUGUUGGAUAGUCCGGCGACGGCGGAGAGGUUGCGGUUAUCUGUUGGAGAUGAGUUGUUGAAGAAAGGGAGUGUGGUAAGGAAGGAGGGGGAGAAGGGGUUCUUUGUGACUGUCGCCUAG